AUGAAACAAUUUAUAGUGCUCCUAUUGACGAUCUCUCUGUAUUCCACUGAUGCCUACAAAUUCCUCGUUUAUUCACCCAUAUAUGGCUAUUCCCAUACGAACUUCAUGGGUGCCUUAGCCGACACUUUAACAGAGGCUGGUCAUAAUGUGACUAUCCUGUUGCCAAUAUUGGACGAAGGACAGCAGAAUAAAACUGGAGUAAAGCUAACCACGAAAAUCAUCAAAGUUCCAGCAGAUCCACGAAGUCGCGCCAUGUUUGGAAGUGUGGAUGACAUCUUAAGCAAAAUGUGGACAAUGGAGCCAUCCAUAUUCGGACUUCUUCAGAUGGCAAAAAAUAUGACCACGUCUUUCGUCAAUCAGUGUCAAAACCUUGUCAACGACGAUGAACUAAUGAAACAGUUGGCAGAUGAGAAGUUCGAUGUAGGCAUCUCAGAAACCGUACAAAUAUGUGGAUUAGGAAUAUUCGAGUAUCUGAAAAUUCCUGCCUCAAUUGGCGUAUUCUCAGCGGUUCAUAUGGAUUGCCUUUCGGCAGGCAUCGGUGAACCGAUCAUGCCAAGCUAUGUCCCUGGUGGAAUGGCUACAAAUGGUGACCGUAUGAACUUCUUCGAACGAUUCAAAAACUUGGUCAGUGUGAUGGUCGGAGGACGAUUCUUCAGUAGCGUGUUUGUUGAAGAAAUCGAAGUGUUUCGAGCGAAAGUUGGGCCGCACUUCAAAGGUUAUGAGGAGCUGUUAGCUGAUAUCUCUUAUGCAUUCACAAAUUCGAAUCCUUACAUCGACUUUCCACGUCCAAUGCUUCACAAAACCAUUCCAAUAGGUGGAAUAGCUGUGGCUACCGAUUCCAAGAAGAAUGUCCUUUCAAAAGAAUGGAAUGAUAUACUGAAUAGAAGGAAUACUACCGUACUGGUAUCGUUUGGUUCAAUGGCAAAAUCGGUGCUUAUGCCGGAUAAAUAUAAGAAGACACUUCUCGAAGUCUUCGAGAGCAUGCCAGAGACGACUUUCAUUUGGAAAUACGAAGAGGAAUCAUCAAAAGUGGCAGCUCACCUCAAAAAUGUUCACCUCAGCACUUGGUUACCGCAAAACGCUCUUCUUGCUGAUCCCCGCCUUACCGCCUUCAUUACUCAUGGAGGAUUGGGCAGUACCACGGAACUUGCACAUAUGGGAAAACCAGCGUUACUGAUCCCUCUCUUUUCCGAUCAGACCAGAAAUGCCCACAUGUUGACGAAACAUGGCGGAGGUAUUGUUUUGAAAAAGGACGAUCUGGAAAAUUCACAAAAGCUCAGAGAUUCCCUCAAAGAUGUCCUCAGUAAUGCCAGGUACGGUAUUCUGAAGUCGCACUACGACUUACCGAAAACAUUUACUCAGAAAGCUGCACUGUCCUGCAGUUAA